AUGGGAAUACUUGCUUCUCAUGUGGGGGAAGAAAGUACAGAGCAACAUUUAAGUGAAGGACAUCAAACGACAAGACAGCACGAACUUGACCUGUUAACUAAUCGCUUUUUUCCUGGUCGGCAGCUACGAUUUUUCACUUUAACAGAACUAUUUCGGGAACUCCUCGGGAUCGGAAUUAUCAGAGUCGUUUCAUCUAAUGCAGGUUUCGUAGUCACAACGGCAAACGAUAAUUUGUUAAUGAGUAAUGUUAAUGUGAGUUCUGAGGAAUUAACUGGUUCGAGCGACGACGAAAAUCCUAACAGUGAGCAAAGAGAAGAAAAUUCUCGUAAAAAUUGUUCAGCUUUUGGAGAUGUAUUUGAACCGUCAAGUCAUCGACUAGUUAAAAGCCUAAGCUAUUUGAAAGCCGAGCAGAGCAUUCGAGCUGGCUUUGGCAAUGCUGAUCGUUCAGUCGUUACAAACGUUAUUAAGCGCGAAUUGUGUAGCUGGAAUCAAAAAAUCUUAGAUAGAAGAAAGCGUUCUGAGCUUCGUUUCCCAAGAAGACAUCCAAGUUUUGGUGGUUUUUCAGAGUCAAAAAAAGCUUUACUCGCUAACAGGUGA